CCCCCCCCCCCCCCCCAACCCUAUUCUGCGCUCAAAUCUCAAUUUCAAUCAUAAGAAGUAAUCUCUUCUUUUCUCUUCUCUUCUCUUCUCUUCUUUUCUCUUCUUUAAGGAAGGAAGGAAGGAAAAAAAAGGAAAGAAAGAAAGAAAAAAUCCGAUCGAUCGAGAUCUUUAACGUCGUUCGUCAAUGUGGAGGCCGUGGGCCAAAUCGACGGUCAAGGUUGUCCACGCCCCAUCCCACCGCUUCUCCUGCUCCUCCUUUAAGGACAUCCAGCACCUCUGCAGCCCCUCCUCCUCCUCCUCCGAUGACCCUCCUCCUCCUACCUUCCCUUCCCCCUCCCCAUCUCACAAGAAGCUCUCCAUCCUCCGCCGCCCCUUAUCAUUCGCCUCCCCUACCCUCCUUCUCUCCGACUCCGACUCCGCCCCUCCUAAUCCUAAUUCCCUCCCCAGACCCGAACCUCCCGACCACCUACUAACUGCACCUGCCACCCCUCCUUCCUCUAGUAGAUUACCGCCUGGGGCGGGCAACGGCAUUGUGGUCUAUUACACGAGCCUGCGCGUGGUGAGGCCCACGUUCGAGGCCUGCAGGGCGGUGCAGUCGAUCCUCCGAGGGUUCCGCGUGAGGAUCGACGAGCGGGACCUGUCCAUGGACCCGGGGUUCUUGGGGGAGCUACAGCGGCUCCUGGAGGCUGGGGCCGCAGGUGAAGGGAGCAGGCCGACCCUGCCGCGGGUGUUCAUCGGGGGGAGGUACAUUGGGGGAGCGGAGGAGAUACGGCAGCUACACGAGAUGGGGGAGCUGAAGAAGCUGGUGGAGGGGCUGCCAGCAGCGGAGGCGGGGGUGUGUGAGGUAUGCGGCGGGAACAGGUUCGUCCUGUGCACAGAAUGUAACGGCAGCCACAAGCUGUACACGGAGAAGAGCGGCUUCAAGAGUUGUACGGCUUGCAAUGAGAACGGUCUCCUCAGGUGCUCUUCGUGUUGUCCCUCUUCCUCUUCCUCCUCCUCCUCCUCCCCCUCCACCUCCCCUCCAUUGCUGACCUGACCUGACCUUUUUUUUUUUUUUUUUUCUAAUCGACUUGAUUAUGAUUAACCCCCUCUUUCUCUUUAAUUACUUCCCACUUUUGUAAUCAAACCAAAACAUUACAUUAUCCCUCAACCCCAAGUCCCAUGCGGGCCAAAAAAGAUAUAAAACAAAUAUUUUGGUGGGCGUUUGACAGGAUUUAGUUUUUUUUUUUUUUUUUUUUUUUUUUGGGGAGUGGGGAGGAGGACUGAAAGAGAAGGGGAAGCACAUUUGUGUUGUGUUGUUUUUUUGUUAGUGUCGUGUUGUGUGGGUCCAAAUGUGGCACACCAACGCCCCGAUUAGAUGGGAUGUCACCGUUUUGUCUAGGUGUCAGGACCGAGCUAGGUCUUAGCACGUCCACCGUUCGAUUGGUGCGAUGGGGUUGAUCGGACGGUGGCACGGGGCUCCUCGCAGUGGGUCUCGGAUGGUUGCCUUUCUUUGUGAGUCAGUUCUCUCAUGUCUGACCUCUUGUUUUCUAGCUUGGGGGGUGUAUGUGCGUAUGUGUACCUUUAUAUUAUUAUUAUUAUUAUUAAACACACUCGGAUUGGACCUUAACAAAAGGUUUUCUGUAUGUAUGUGUCUAGUGUAUAUAUCUAUAUAUAAUACAAUACAACCUAAAACCCUAAAAUAUAUAUAUAUAUAUAUAUAUUUUGGUAUACAUUUAUAUGUAUAUGUAUAUGUAUACGCUUGCUAACCUCUGUACGUAGUGAUAGUAAAUAUAUUAGAGAAUAAGCAGGCUAGCAAGCAAUGCAUUGUUUUUGUCCGUCCUCGAAUAUCUUCUUCUUCUAGCUUUCACCCUGUACUGUAAUUCCUUGCCACCAAAAAUGUUGCCAUCUACUGGAGUUGGAUCGUC